GGCUAGUAAAGGGUUAAGGUGACAGAGCUGCAUUUCCUAGAAUGGGGCAAGAGAGGGUCUUCCUUUCUCCUCCAUCUCCUUUCGGCACCAGAUUUUCUUGCAGGACGAUGCCUGGGAGGGUAAAGAUCUGUCCAGCGAGGAAGGGCCCCCAGGACGAGCCCCCAUGCAAAUAGGGAGAAGUCAGUGUGGAAAACAAGAACGUUUUCUAGAGUUUUCAGUUAUGCAGCACCAACUCUGAGGGAUUAUUGACAGCUAGAAAUGGAAAAAGAGACUGCUAGAGGCCCCAAACUAGGGGAAGUGUCAGAGGCAAGAGGAAUAGUCCCUCUAGUCCUUCAAGCUGGGAGUAUCGGGGAAAUUCUGCAAAGCAGAACAGGACAUCCAGGGAAUCAGCCCACAGAGGAGGGAUCCCUUUCUCUUGAGCAGUGGGAAGGCCAAUGGAAGGAGCUUCUCAGGACACUGGAGAGCCUUCAUUCUCCUUGGGGAAUCCCUCACUUGCCUGAGAAACCUUCACACUGGGAAGACGCGAAAGCCUUUCUGGCCUCCUUUGAGCAAGUGGCUGAAGCCUGUCGGUGGCCCCAGGAAGAGUGGGUGACCCGACUCCUCCCAGCCCUCAGUGGAGAAGCUGAAUGGGCCUUUAACAGUCUUGCUGUCACAGAAAGAGAGGAUUAUGGGAAGGUGAAGUUGGCCAUCUUGCGAAGGGACACCUUGAGCCAGGAAAAGCAACGUCAGCAGUUUCGGAAUUUCUGCUACCAGGAGGCUGAGGGGCCAAGAGGGGCCUACAGCCGACUGCAGGAAAUGUGCCGUGGGUGGCUGAGAGUGGAGAAUCACAACAAGGAGCAGAUCCUGGAGCUCUUGAUCCUAGAGCAGCUGCUGAACGUCCUGCCUCCGCAGAUCCAGAGCCCGGUGAGGGAGAGUGGCCCUGAGAGCUGUUCCCAGGCAGUGGCCCUGGCCGAGGAGUUUCUCUUGAGGCAAGAGAAGCAGGUGCCCUUGGUGGAGGUAGCUGCAAGCCAGGCUUCAUCUGAGAGCAAGCAGAGGCAUCCCACGGUGGCUGUUGAUGAACAGGAGCGUGGAGAAGCCAUCCUGCUGGUAGGAAGUAUGGGCAAGAGGGCUGGAGAAUUCCAGGAGCCAUCAUCCAAAGAUGUUCAGAAGGAAGAAUCUACAGGAAAUGUCAAGAAUCCAGAAGGAAUCAAGAGGAAAGAGGAAAAUAUCAAGGUCGAGAGGGGAAAUAAAACAAUUGCUUGUCAAGAAGGGGACUUCCGUGAAAUCCCAGGCCAAGAAGAAAGGCCAACCAAAAAAAGCAGAAAUAAAGGCCUCUAUGCUAACCAGACGAUCCGUUCCAGCAGAAAUGAAAACAAAAGUGUGGCUUUUGGAAAAACCUUCAUUCAGAAAGCGAAUAUUGUUUCCCAAAAACAUAUUUGUGCAGGAGAGAAGCCACAUGAUUGCCUGCAGUAUGGAAAGAGUUUCUAUCUUCUAACAACUCUUACUUCGCAUCAAAGAAGUCACUCAGGGGAUGUUCAGGAGAAAGAGGAAGAUGAAGAACUGCAUCAAUUAUUGCCACAUAAAGCUAAGCCUGAGGAACCGAAAGAAAACUUCAGCAAUCAAGAUGAACCCAAGAGGCAGGAAGGAAACCACAUGGCUGAGAAGAGGGAUGAGCAGGGGAUUUACGAGAAAGCAGGGGAUUUCUGUGAAAUAAUUCACCCAGUGGAGGAAACUUUCAAGUGCUUGGAGUGUGGAGUGAACUUUUCAGAUCAAACUCAGUAUAAUAUCCAUUUGCAAAUGCACAGUAGAAUGAAGAUCCAUAAAUGCUUGCACUGUGAAAAAAGUUUCCUUUGCAGAGCAGACCUCCUUACACAUCACCAGAUCCACACAGAAGAGAAACCAUAUAGUUGCUCAGAAUGUGACAAGAGCUUUUCACAGAGAACACACCUUAUUCAGCACCAAAGAAUUCAUACAGGAGAGAAGCCAUAUAAAUGCUCAGAGUGUGGAAAGAGCUUCAAGUGGAAUGUCACUUUUCAGCAGCAUCUAAGAACCCACGCAGGGGAGAAAUCUUUUCAAUGUUCAGAGUGUGGCAAGAGCUUCAAGUGGAAUGUCUCUUUUCAGCGGCAUCUAAGAACCCACGCAGGGGAGAAACCUUUCCAGUGCUCACAGUGUGGAAAGAAAUUCAGUCAGAGUCGCUAUCUUCAACAGCAUCUUAGAACCCAUGCAGGAGAGAAACCUUUUGAAUGCUCUGAGUGUGGAAUGAAGUUCAACUGGAAUGGCAAUCUUCAGCGACAUCAAAGAACCCACACAGGGGAGAAACCUUUUGAAUGCUCAGAGUGUGGAAAGAGGUUCAUUCAAAAAUCCUGCCUUCAACAACAUCAAAGAAUGCACAUGAGGAAAAAUCACAUAGCUGCUCAGCCAAUUGCAAGAGCUUCUUUCCUAUUUCCCACUUUAAAGAUAGCCACAGAGUCCACACAAGUUGAAACCAUAUAAACUCUGGGAAAGAUCUUGCAUCUGAACAGAGACCUUACCAUAACCAUUGAUACCAAAAUGUUUUUUCAGCCCAGGUAUAAAUACUCAGAUGAUGGAAAGAGUUUUAGCCAUGACUGAGGUGCAAACAUAUCACAUAGGAAAGAAAGCAAAGAUGUGUUCUGAUAGUGGAAGAAGGCCGAAAUAUGGAGGGCUCAGAACAUACUUUCACAAGGAAGGGCCUUUUAGUGAUUUCCUUUCUCUCUGAAAAUGAAAUCUGGAAGACUGGCAGCAACAUUUUCAUUUGUAAAAUCCUGUGAAAAAAAUAGAGAAGUUGUGAAUAGUACAUAUAUACAGUCUAUCUGUGACUGAUAUAAAAGUGUGAACAACUGGUUUUCCUAAUUGACAGAUGUUUCCAUCUGGCAAGGAGUCCUGAGUCUUCACAAUCCAGGGGGAGAUGUGGAUGUGAAGAAGUACACCCUUGCAUUGAGACCCUGUCUUCUCCAAAAUGGAGACUUUUGAAAAGUAUACCUUUUCAGAAGGUUCUACUUGCCUCACCCAUACAGACUGUCUGGGUAUCUUGCCUGCCCAUCAUCCUGGUGCCAGGGUAGGAGUGUCCCUGCUGCUGACCCUGACAGGAAGAUGACAGGAUUCAGUCCUUGUUGCUUUGCCCUGCUUUCUAACCUUGGGGUCUUUCUCCCCUUUGAAUGAGAGCUAUCCUGGAUGUGCUGGUCUUUGACAUCCCUUUCUUUUACAACUCUCCCCUAAUUAGCUGCAGCAGGGGUCUGAGGCCACACUGGAGAAAUCAAGGUUUGAUUCUAGCUUAGGAGAGGAAAGGUCAAUUCUCUUGGGUACUGAUGUCCACCUUCCCUGUUGGGUGAUGAGGUGGGGUCUUUGGGAAUAGAAGAAAAGAGCAUCAACAAAUACAUCCAAAUCAGCUAAAUGUGUCCUGAGUCACAUUUUGAAUGAAGCUUUCUUGCUGAAGGGUCUUAGAAAGAACUUAGUGGACAUUAAAAACAGAAAGGCCACACUUGGCUCUAGGUAGUAUGGAGAGACCUUGUAGAUUUGUUCACUGGAGGAAAAGGAGUAGUAGUAGUAGUUUGGAUUUGUUCCCCACCUUUCUCAACUGUAAGGAAUCAAAGUAGCUGACAAACUUCUUCCCUUCCUUUCCCCACAAGAGACACCUUGUGAGGUUGGUG